CUACAAAAGAUAAUUCAUUAAUGCUAAUGCUAUUGCUGUGUUGGUCCCCUUCUACCAAGCUGUUUCAGCCCUGUCUGUCUGCCUGCCUUUGAUAAUUUUCAUUUAUACGCACACACACACACACACAAUACUUCUUGCCCAGAAAAAAAGGUGAAACUGUGGGUCAAUCGGUGUGUGUUGUGUGUGUGUGUGUGGUUUUUGUUUAGCAGCUCGUGAGGAGAUAGAAAGUGAAGAAGAGAGCAAGAAAGGGGAGAGACUUUUUUUUUUUGGUCUGGAUUUUUUGAAACUUUGAUUUAUUUAUUUUUUUUCCUUGGAGCUUUAUUACCAUUUUAGCGGAGAGGAUUUGUUGUAUUGAUUCUUGAAUUGGGGUUUCAUUCUCUGUCUCCCAUAAGUUGAGAGCGAAGAAGGAAGAUAUAUAAGGAAUGAGUGGUACUGUUGAUCUUGAUUCAGAUGAUUCUGAAUUUGUUGAAGUUGAUCCUACUGGAAGAUAUGGAAGGUACAAUGAGAUUCUUGGAAAAGGGGCUUCUAAGACAGUUUACAGAGCUUUUGAUGAGUAUGAAGGUAUUGAAGUAGCCUGGAAUCAGGUGAAACUCUAUGAUUUCUUACAAAGUCCUGAGGAUCUUGAGAGGCUGUACUGUGAAAUUCACUUGCUCAAAACCUUAAACCACAGAAACAUUAUGAAGUUCUGUACUUCUUGGGUAGACACUGCCAACAGAAACAUCAAUUUUGUGACAGAGAUGUUCACUUCUGGUACUCUCAGACAGUAUAGGCUGAAACAUAAGAAGGUCAACAUUAGAGCAAUCAAACAUUGGUGCAGACAAAUCUUGCAAGGUCUUCUUUAUCUCCACAGCCAUGACCCUCCCAUCAUUCAUCGCGACCUCAAAUGCGACAACAUUUUUAUCAAUGGAAACCAAGGCGAAGUCAAGAUUGGCGACCUUGGCCUCGCUGCAAUCCUUAGGAAAUCCCACGCCGCUCGAUGUGUAGGAACGCCGGAGUUCAUGGCUCCGGAGGUGUAUGAAGAGGAAUACAACGAAUUAGUGGACAUUUAUUCAUUCGGAAUGUGCAUUUUGGAAAUGGUGACUUUCGAGUAUCCAUACAGCGAAUGCACACAUCCUGCCCAAAUUUAUAAGAAAGUCAUCUCCGGAUAGAAACCAGAUGCUCUUUACAAGGUUAAGGAUCCUGAGGUUCGGCUAUUUGUUGAGAAAUGUCUGGCAACGGUGUCCGACCGGCUUUCCGCUUGGGAGCUUCUCAACGACCCCUUCCUCCAAAUCGAUGAUUAUGUUUAUGAUUUGAGGCCGUUCAGUUAUCAUAGAGACUAUGAUGAAAUCGGUCCAAUUUUGACCCAGCGUCUCCUAAGUGCUCAUCAUAGCACUACCAGUUCUCUAGUCAACGGCUAUUCCAAUUUUCUUGGUUAUGAACAAGAAAAAGACUUGGAUUGCCGCUCGGUCGAAUAUGAAGCAAAUGAAAUUGAUUUGUUCAUGAGUCAGGACAAGGAGCAAUCCGAACACUUCGAUGUGACGAUCAAAGGGAGAAUGAGAGAAGACGGCAACAUCUUCUUGAAACUCAGAAUCGCUGACAAGGAAGGUCGAGUCAGAAACAUAUAUUUCCCGUUUGAUAUCGAGACUGACACGGCUCUGAGUGUCGCAACGGAAAUGGUUGCUGAGUUGGACAUAAUGGACCAAGAUGUGACUAAGAUUGCUGAAAUGAUAGACACUGAGAUCGCCUCGUUGGUGCCAGACUGGAGAAUGGGGGUUGUCUUAGAGGAAAGCCCGAGUCACGAAAACGGCAGUUGCUGUCAGAAUUGUGCUUCCGAUGGUUCUCUUGAAGGUUAUUUGUCGUCCCACCAGUCGGGUAAGAACUUGCAAGUUCGUCAAUGUUCCAAACACGGGUGUGGGGCUAUACAUGGCCGCUUCGAAGAGACCUACCAAUUUGAGGGCCGCGAAGCAAGUCUCCAAGCCAAUGAAAACCUUGAAGGAUUAAUAAUUGAUAAGGAAGACAAUGUUGUAAGAAGCGAGGAGGACAAUGCAUAUAAUGUUCUUCAAGGUUCUCCGAAUGGAGAGCCCUCAACUCUAGCAGAGGAUUAUGAAAACGAGAUAAGGCAGGAGCUACGAUGGCUCAAGGCCAAGUAUCAAAUGCAGUUGAGGCAACUAAGGGAUCAACAACUUGGCAUAGUAUCAAAAUCUUCAAAUUUCAAUUCUGACAACAAAGAAUGCAAAAACGACAACUUCUCAUCAGUCUCGAGCAUUGCAGAAGUAGAGAAGGAUGAUUCCGGGCCUAAAUCUUUUGCAUCCGGCAAUGAUUUUACCAAGUUUCCCCCCAUGAAUUCCGACAAGAAAGUUAUUAACCAAAAGGUUUGCAAUUAUGAGUCCGCAUACAAUUCUUGUGGUCCACUGCAGAUGGGCACGGCCAAGAACUUCUAUUCUGGUCCAUUGCUCCCACAUUCGCUUCAUCGGGCUACUUCUUUACCCGUGGAUGCAACAGAUUUGUAAGAACUUGUUCACUAUUUAUACUUAAAUGAGUUAGUGUAUUCUCAAAUUAAGGAAAAAAUCUUGAUUGUCUUGUGGUUGUUCCUACAAGGUUUCAAGAGUUGCCUGUAAUUUGAUUCUCCAAUUUUUGCAGCUUGUAGGUUCUCAACUUCAAGUGAAAGUGACUUCCACUAUGGUUGAGAUGAGUGAAUUUACAUUACUAACUGGUCCAUACUGAAACUAGCAACAUCUUCUGACCAUUCAUUAUGAAUAUAUGUGGGGCUGUAGACGAUUUACGUCGACUGCGAUGUGUCAUUGUUCAAGCUUGUUUCAACGGUUGUCGAACUUGAACAAGUGUGACUGCUCUUGAUUUGAUGUGUGGAGCUAGCAGAGCUUGAUAUGAAUAGCUGAUUACGGAUAAAGUUCUUGUAGUUCGAUCUUGAAGUUUAUAAUUUGGAGUUGUGGUGACGGACUCACUUUCUAGAUAGUAAUUAAUGGUCGAAACUAAACUACAUAGUCAACGGGAGCUCCUUGGCUAUGUUAGAGGUAGUUUGGUUUAGUCAGAUUGUAAAUAUACGCAGAAAAUAUAAAGAAAAAAAAAUAAAAAGGUAUGAUACAAGAUUACGUGGUUUAUAGAGCUCUCCUAUGUAUGUGGUUGUUCAAAAUUGAUUUCUAUUGUGACCAUUGACGAUGAGUUACAAUAAAAGACCACCCAUCAACUAUUUAUGCUCG